AUGGCCGAUCUCCGGAGUUUCCGAUUGGGCGCUCCCGGCGCGGACGACUCCAAGCGCUCCCCCGAUGAGGUCAGGAUCAUCAAGGAGAUGGUCAGCGAGGAGGUAGACGCCUUCCUGCUAGCCAACAACAUCGACGCCGCGGCCUCGCGAGACCUGCGGAAGGAGCCGCCGCACGUGGCGCUGGCCGUUCUCGAGCGGGGCCCCCUCCGGGCCUGCGCCAACCCGAGCGGCGCGCUGGUCGGCCGCAUCCGCGACGCCAAGCGCGGGGUGCUCGGCAACCGCGGGCAGUACGGGGGCGUGCCGCCGCCCUCCUCGCUGGACGGGAACACCAGCGAGGUGGACAAGUUCCUGAUCUCCAACGGCAUCGACCAGGCGGGCAUCGCCUCCUUCCGCUCGGAGGCCCCGGACAUCCAGAAGCUCGUGAUGGCCAAGGGGAACUUCAUCAACACCGCCAACCCGAGCGCCUCGCUGAUGGCGCGCAUCCGCACCGUCAAGAUGGACCUGGCCAGCGGCGCGCCGACCCUGGGCGGGGCCGAGGGCGCGGGCACCGGCGCCGCGGGCGGCCCGAUGCAGCCGGGGCUGCCCCCCGGCAUGGGGAUGGCCCCGGGCCUGGCGAACAUCCUGGGCAUCCCGCCGGGCCAGCAGGCGCCCGCGGGCCUCGGCGGCGGCAUGCCGCCGCCGCCCUCGAUGGCCCUCGAGGACUCCAGCAGGCCCGCGGGCGCCUUCCAGACGGGGCCCGCCGGCGCGAUCCAGACGGGGAGCCUGGACGCGGAGGCGAGGAGGGCCAUAGAGAAGCUGAACUUCAGCAUGGCCCAGGACGGCGCCGCCGCGCCGCCGUCCGCCGCGACGCAGCCGGGGGGGGCGCAGUCCUUUGCGAGCUCGGAGGAGAAGGCGCUGCAGGACGAGGCCUUCCGGGUCAUCCAGUCGCUGAACGGCUGA